AUUUCCCAAAUAAAUAUUGAUUGAUUACUCCCAGUCGAAGGUGGACUCUGUUCUCGUUCUUGGAAAGUUCAGCCAUGGGAUUCCGCCGUGGCUUCAUCCUCUGUCUCUUGCUUUGUUCAUCUGCGGCUUUCCAAUCCGAUGAGCUUCUCGUCGACGAUGACGAGUUUGAAGGGACACAGCAGAUUCAGUAUACCGACGCCACGCGUACCCGAUCCCCAGCUCCUCCAAGCCGUGCGACCUCGACUCGGAGGCGGUUUUCUGAUCCCGAUUCGGAUUCUAAGGUCCAAUUUCAGCUAGACCACGCAUUUGGGGACUCUGAUUUCGCCCCUGCUGGCUUAUUUACUGCUCGUCUCAAGACUUCGAGCCAUGGCGGUCAGUCGCUUACCAAGCUGCGGUUCUCGAGGAAUGCUUUUACUGAAGAGGAUCAGAAGAAAUUUACAACCUUGUUGCAAGAAGAUGGUUUCUACAGCGUGAGAUUGACAACAAAUGUUUUGAAGUCAACAGGGGAGAGCUAUGUUUACUCAUCAGUGAAAGCAAGAUGUCUUCCACGAGGAGAGUUGGAUGAGCAUUUUGUGAUACACAUGGAUGGUGUUAAUAUUUUGGCUGUUAAUUAUGGAACCCCUGGUGCAUGCCCUUUUCCCCGGCAACUGAAACUUCCUUCAAAAUGGUCUUUUAACUCUUUCACAUUUUUGAAGAGUGGCGAGCAGGCUCCUAGAACUCCUGUAUUUGCUGAUGACAUUCUUGUUGGUGAGGCUGGAGAAGGGGAAGAUGUAAAGCCACCUGAAAAGUCCUUUUGGGCAAAAUAUUGGAUGUACCUGAUACCCCUUGGACUGAUUGUUAUGAAUGCCAUAACACAAGCAAUGAACAUGGCUGAAGAACAGGCUGGUGGCCAAGCAGCUGGACAGGCACAGCCACAACAGUCAACCGCUGCAGUACAGCGCGGACCGGGUUCUUCCGCUGUUAGACGACGAUAGACAUUUGCUGGAAAGCACAGGUGUGAACUGGUUCGUUUUCCUAGUAGUUUUCAACAUAAUGAUUGAACUUUUAGACAAUUUUUUUGGCGAUGCAUUUCUAACCUUAUUAGCAACAGAAACUUUGUCAAAAGAGCAGAAUACUGUAAAUCCCAUUUAUUUGUUCUACUGAUGUUCACUUCCACUUGGACUUCCAUUGAAGUUUGUUCAGUGGAGUGUUUAUGUUUUGUUUUGGAAUUGAGAAUGACACUGAUAAAUAACCAAUGCCACAGGGUAAGAUAUCAGUAUUGAUAAUGAACUCAAAGGUUUAGGGAA